GUUGGGCGAUUGUCCUCGGUACUAUUGCGCUACGCGAUUUGCACUCGGCGCGGGCCCGUCUGUGACCCAUGUGAUCAGCACCGUUUGGAUUGAGAACGUGCGUGAACGUGUGCCUCCCCUUUGAUCGACUUGACUGAAAGUGAAGGGGACUUCGGCGUGCCAUCUUACCGUGUCAUCGACUGCACCUGCGUGCUUGAUAUUGGCAUCGUGCGCCGCCGUUGCAGCGGCGACAGUUAGUUACGUUUGCCUGCGUUUCGUCUGAGCGUCGUCGGUGGGUGGUGUGCUUCAAACCAGCGCUUCGUUUGUGCCGCUGGUCAUUCUUCUCGCCCUGCGUCCCGCCAACUGCCAAAAUUCGUGUCAAAAACCGCAUCCCGCUUCCAGCCUUCCGGAUGGAACACGAAUCGGACGACAUGGACGGGAGCAUGUCGAACCCCGAGGAGGAGGAGCUCAACGAGUCGGAGUACGGCGGCUCCGGCGACGACGACGAGGAGCGCCGGACGCCGCUCGACGGCGAGUUGAGCAACGACGACGCGCAGUCUGACGUGCUCGCUCGCUACCAUCCGCACAACAACAGUGGCGUCAGCGGCGGCAGCAACAACGGUGGAAACAACGGCAGCGUCCGCAGCAGACAGGAUGAUGGGAGUCCCGUCCCGCUGGCCAACAACUGCAACAGUGACCACUCGAGCAACACGCCCCCGGCCGCAAGCAAUGGGUCGACGAUGGCGCACGCGGGCGGCCUGUCCUCUGAGCCACGCAUCCCGGCUCCAAAUGCCGUGGUCUCUUCUUCGCCGGGUCCUCUGCGGGUGCCGGACUCCGGCCCGCUCAGUGCGCUGGCCGCCCGGGCGGCGGCGAGCGGAGCCACGGCUCUGCUCCCGGCGGCUGCCAUCUCUGCGCUGCCGCUGUCCCAGGCGCCGCCGCUGUUCAGCCUGGCCACUGGCGCCCCGCACAUGAUGCACCUUCCGCCAACGCUGACGCCCCACACCGCGGCCGUCUCCGGUACGCCGCCGGAACCCAGCAAGUACGCAUUCGAGGAGCACUAUGGAAAGCAUUUGUCCAUCUCCAACCUGGCCGCCGUCUGGAUCAGUGAGCUGGCAAAGUCCAAUGGGGGCCCCCGCAGUGCACCAGCGCGGGACUCCCUCGCUGCGAGUGUCCCACGGUGGGAGCUUUCUGAGCCGGGAAAAACGACUGAAUUCAGCCGUGACUUUAAAGUGAGUCCCACACCAAAAUCAUCUCGGUCAAGCCGCAGCGGCGACUCCAACGGCCGUGUGAGCAGCAUGGACGACAUCGGCAAACUGUACGAGCUAAGCGAUGACCCCAAAAGGAAAGAGUUCCUGGAUGACCUCUUCGGCUUUAUGCAGAAACGAGGAACGCCCGUUAACCGGAUUCCGAUCAUGGCCAAGCAGGUACUGGACCUUUUCGAGCUGUACCGGCUGGUCGUGUCACGGGGUGGCCUCGUUGAGGUCAUCAACAAGAAGAUCUGGCGGGAAAUCACUAAAGGGCUCAACCUGCCCUCGUCCAUCACUUCGGCGGCGUUCACUCUGCGUACACAGUACAUGAAAUACCUGUACCCAUACGAGUGCGAGAAAGAGAAGCUGAGCCAGCCCGACGAACUGCAGGCAGCCAUUGACGGGAACCGGCGCGAGGGACGACGCUCCAGCUACAGCCAUUACGCCGAGAUGAUGUCCUCGGCCACGGCGGCCUCACUGACGGGGUCCCGCGGCAGUAACCACCACACAUCGCCCAUCAGCCUCGUGUGCCGGCAGGCAAACGGGCACGCGCCGCCACCUACGCAGCACCACGCGGGUGGACCCUCGUCUGGUGAUGAAGAGAAUAGCCUGUCGCUGUUCGUGCCGCAGCAGGAGGCCUUAAACCUGGAAGUUCCACGCGGCGGGAGCGCGGACCACAAAGUUCUAGAUCCACGAAGGCUCCUGGGUGAAUCGCUGGGUCCACCUGCCUCUAAGCGAUUUAUUUCUUCCGAAGAAGACAGCCUUCUUGCCCACUCUAUGCACACAACACACAUCAAGAUGAACAGCAGAGGUGACGGCAGAGGCCAGGCUGACAAUUCCAUGUCCGUGACCAUGGAAGUAAAUGGCAUCAUCUACCACGGAGUCCUAUACCCACAGUCACACAGAAACAGGCUCUCCUAGGUUGCACACCUGCUUGCAGCAAUGCUGGACUCUUUUUGGAGGCAGCCUGUCAACCAAAACACUGACGAAUGAAAUGUGAGUGCACCAAGGACAAGAGACCGAAAACUGCUUCAUCCCCUGACAAUGGCAAAGCUGAUCUCCACUCCAAGCCACCAUGUUGUUGUGUGCAGAUAUCUCUUUCGCCUCAAUUCUGCCCUGUGCGCACUGACAGCCCACUUGUCGGAAAGUUGUGCAUUGCGCGCGUGUGUGUGUGUGUGUGUAUGUAAGUGUGUGCAGUUGUCAAUACGCACUUGCUCAUGACAGCAGUGUCCUCUUUCUUUCGUUCUUUUUUUUUUCAAAUGCAAUUGUACAUUAAUUUUCAUUCUUGUUUACAUUUUUAUGCUGCUAUAUUAUGUAUAAUUUUUUUUCAUCAUUCCUUUUAACUAGCCACUGCGUACUUCACGCUGCAUCUGACUGGCAUCCAGUGCUUCUUCCUCUUUCGUUGUUGAAGAAAUUCAUACAGCAUUGCUGCCAGCUCCCUCCCCUAUUUCUUUUGUGCAUUUGUACAGUGACCUGCAUUUUUAUCUAACCACUUUAAAAAAGAUGCAGCGCUUAUCACUGCUUCAUUCUCACUCAGAUUUCAUCAGAGGAUAGAGUUUUCGAUCUGCAUUAUGACAAUAAGACAAUUUUUAUCAUUGUUAGCCUGUUUAAUCCAAACUUCCUUUCCUGACAGGUAAUGGCACCCAUUCAUAUCUAUGCAGCAGAUUGUUUCAGAAAUGGAAUGGUGUGAUUACAAUGAAUAUUGCAAACAUUUUUUUUUUUUACUGAACCAGGCAUGCAAACAUGCCACCUGCUUCACUCAGCACUGAGAACCAAUAAGCUUAAUGUUGAUUCGAAAUAUGAGGAAAAAACACAAGUCACGCUAUGUUGUUCCAGUAAAAACAACUUUCCUUUCAUAACUCUUCCUGCCAUAGCCCUGUUUGAAUGUGUGUAACUUAAGAUGUUUACACUAUAAAAGUUUGAACUCAUGCGAAAUAUGAAAUUCUUCGCCACCUGCAAGCCAGCAUUAUUCAGAGGUACAGUCAUGGCUUGUCUGGAUGAGCUGUCUAAGAUUAUGAGAGUUAGUAUCGUCACUUACAGUGCAUACAUAGACAAGGAACAAAAAAGGACGACGAAGACAAGCCCGUACCCAAACCUUGCCUCGGUUAUGAGAGAGGCUCCCAGAAUUCUUUUUUUCCCUUAAAUGUUCUAUCACUUAACAAAGGAAGACAGAUAAAACAGCAACAGCAUGUGACUACAAUUAUCCUUCUAAUAAAAAUCUGCAGUGAGAAAAUGAAACGCACGUUUCUCUGCAGUUAAACAAGUUUCAGAAGUUCUGAGUGGUUCUUUCGGCUGCUUUUGUUGAGAUGCAGCUUCUCUCCAAUAAAAAUUUCUAAAACACAUGUUUGCCACUAAAAUAAUACACACAGAAAGGUGGAAAUAUAGAUGACACAGCUGGAUGUAGCAUUAGGUAAUGUACAGAGCUGUCCACUGUUAAAGGAAACACCGGAGCGCGUGACGUCUGCUCUGUGCCACUACCAGUUGGCGGCGGCAACGAGCUUCGUGCAGUCGUGGUGAGCGCAGUGGGCGCUGCUCUUUCGUCGUUUGCUACCAUCUGCAGCUGCAGUGAGUGUAGCAGGUGGUGCUCUUUCGUCGUCUGCUACCGUCUGCCACUGCGCUUCGGAUUGUUGCAAAGCAAAGCGUUCACGGGUUGUUGAAGUUGGCCAGAGACUGCCUGCUCACACUCAGAUAGCUAGCCGUUGCGAGGCUGAAAGAGAAUUAGAUGGUGCAAAAUAUUAUCUCGCAGUUAUUUUUGCCAUUUGAAGUCACAAGACAAACAUGACAAUUUUUACGGACUUCUCUUUGUGGAGCAACCAUAUUAGAGAGCAUUUCCCCGUAUAUAGUGGCCAUCUCAUGCGCACUACUACAUAUUUGAUUCACUGCAGUGUGUAGGCUGAACAAGCGCCUUUAAAGAGCAUUCAGUAGAAUUCACAGUGGUAAGCUCGAUGGGGUAUCGUAUUGGUGUGUGUAACAUGUUAAGCUCCUGCAGUUGCACAGACUUUAGUAACGAGUAGGUGCUGAAGUUUAGCAGCAUGCGAAAUUGUUCUAAAGCUUUAGGUUGUUAGGGUUUACAAAUGGUGCCUUUGUGAUUACGGUAGCCAUUUUAGGGUACACAUUCAAAAUACUGAUUGCUAUAACCUUUUUAUUAGGGCUUGAUGUCAAAGGUGCUGUUAAAAACUUCCGUAAUCUUAUUGGGCUUUAAGGAAACAAAAGGGUAAUUCUCGUGUGUUACUCAAUAUCUGGUCACGUCGCCCUUUGCCUCCCACACUGCCUUCAUUCUUGAAAGAAGACUGGUAUACAAGGCUCCACAGAAGGACGCAUUUUGCUUCAAAUGUUCCUAUUCGGCCUUGACAGCACUCCAAAGCCUGUCCGCAGAGAGCCUAUGCAGGCACUGACUUGCUAAGGCCUUCUUCAUGGUCCACGAGGUCGUGGGAUCGAAUCCCGGCCACGGCGGCCGCAUUUCGAUGGGGGCGAAAUGCGAAAACACCCGUGUACUUAGAUUUAGGUGCACGUUAAAGAUCCCCAGGUGGUCAAAAUUUCCGGAGUCCCCCACUACGGCGCGCCUCAUAAUCAGACAGUGGUUUUGGCACGUAAAACCCCAUAAUUUAAUUUUUAAUUUCUUCAUGGUCCCCCAAACGUUUUCUAUGGGGUUCAAGUCAGGAGACUGCAGCGACCUGCUCAGAACUUCCACUUGGUGAUGCAGCAGAAGUGGUAGAUUUUUUUGCGGUGCGCACAGGGGAGUUGUGCUGGAACAGGAAGUCCUUCGGCUGGGAAGCACCAUUUGCAGCAUGAAGGAGGGCAACUUGGUCGAUGACAUCGCAGUAUUUGACAGCCCUGAAUUUUCCUUCCAUCCUGACGAGAGGCCCGAGGCCAUCCUUUGUCAUGCAGCCCCACACGCUGAUGACUGUCCUUCCGCUUGCAGCAGGCUGCUGGGUGUAUUCCAGCCUGUAGCUGAAGUAUGAAAUAACCGAGGUACAAUGCGCGCACUCAGGCACUGGAAGUCGUGGGUCUUUUCAUUAAACUGGAAGUUCUUGCGGGCUCUACGCUACAUCAUCGCGUUCAGUAUCCCUCCAAUAUCUAGAGUUCAGCUUGUGACGCACAAAGCUUUUUACAGAAUAGAACUACAAAUUGCUUUGGAAAGCUCUAACCGUAAGAAAUGACACUGCUCUUCCUGGUUUGUUAUACUUGUGGCAUAAGACGCUCCUGAAAUGCAAUGUAGUGUAAUGUGUCAUCGCCAAUACCAUUGCUAUAUAUUAGCCACCAUUUCUAUAUAUUGCUACCGGAAAACAUUGUCCGCGUUUUUCAAGCUAGCCUUAAUAUAAUUAUUUGGGAGCAGUUUUUCCCUAUUGUCAACCGUGAUAGGCCCCAUGUGAUAUGACAGGUAGGGUUCCAUAAAUGAUACUGUAUAUUAUUUUAUGGAACAUCGUCCUUCUUUUACAAACGCUUCCAGGAAUUCUCAGAACUAGAGAGAUGAGUUUACAACUAUCGAUAAUAAAAACGAAAAAUUGUGCAAGGAGCAACAUUAUAAUACUAAAGGUAUAUAUUACCGAGUGCAAUCAGGGCGCCAAAUGAGGUUCUUCUGGUCCCAACAGGGGGGGGGGGGGGGGGAAAGUAGACUCAUCCGUAAAGACGACCCUUUUACAAUCUUGCGUAUUCCAGCCUACGUGACAUUCCACAAACUGAAGUCGCUUGUCCUUGUUAGCGGUGCAAAGGAGGAGCUUCUGUGCAGCUGUUCUGCUUUUUAGCCCUGCCUGAUAUAAGUGGCGCUUCACAGUUGUCUUUGAAGCGUUCAGUCCAAGGCUUUCUUUGAUGUCUUGAACAGAAGCCUGAGGUCUGUCAGCCACAGUAGCUACAAUGGCAAGGUCUUCUGCGUGGCUCGUGGCCCAACGCUGCGGCUUCCUAGGAGCAUCCUUUAUGCGUUGGUUGCUCUCAUUAGCUUGAACAAUUCUAUUAACUAUUUUGAGUGGCCUCUCCAUUAAUCUUGAAAUAGCGUAUUGACUGUACUUUCCCAGCCACAGUUUAACAAUACCCUGCCUUUCAUCACACAGCACUAGAGCCAUCGUGGAACAGCAGGAGUCGACGUGCGUACUAAACGUUUUCUGAAGUGGGCAAUUAUAUGUAUCGAUGAGGUGAAGAAAAGAUGGCAGUGUCAUUGCGACAUUUAUCUGAUUGUAGAUCAAUCCCAUCGCUUUCCUUCCAGCUGGAAGGAAAGUGGCUGCUUUCAAGUACGAACUAUGCAAGCUGCUUUCUUUGCGACGAUGCGAAGCACGGCGGCACACGGUAGUAGACAACGAAAGAGCAUCACCUGCUACGCUCACUGCAGCUGCAGACAGUAGCAGACGACAAAAGAGCACUGCCCACUGCACUCACUGCGCGGAGCUCAUUGCAGCUACUGGCCGGUGGUGGCACAGAGCAGGCGCCACGUGCUUCAGUGUUCCCUUCAACAGUGGACCGGUCUUUACGUUCCUGAGUGUAUUCGUUUGACUGUAUCCUGCAGUUUUUUUUAAAGAGUGGUGUGCACAAGAGAAGGCAAGUUAUUGUAAAUGUACACACUUUAUAGACACUUGUGCUCCUUAGGAUGUAAAAAUGCAUUGAAAAGUAGGAGAGAAUGUCUAUCUGUGCGUGAAUGAGGCAAAGGUUUCAGCAUAUUGUAUUACUCUCGGUUUUCUUUUUUUCUAGGUUAUCUUCAAUAUUUUGUGCAAGUGUUUUUGCACAUUGCUUCUUCGUUGUCCUUCAACACUUGUUAUUCUUGCAGCAAAAGCACAUUUGCCUGGUGUUUUUACAACAAAUUAUAUAUCCAAGACCCUGCAAGCUACUGCAAGCUUUCUUUUAGGCGCAAUGGUGAGAAACUUUUUCGAGUGACCCAGCAAACAUUGCUGGUAGUCCAAUGUAAAUGCACUAAAUGCUGAAUGGUUCAGUGAAGGACCUGGUUCAUUUAGUCGACACACUUACUGAAUGCUGCAUUGCUCAGGGAGUCUCGUAUAACUAGCUUGCGCAGGAUUACACUCAAAUUGCUCACACAAGUAACAUUUUGCAGUGAGUGCUGUUUCUGGCACAUUUAACUGGUUGUGUUGGAGUGCUCUGGCUCUGCUAGAAAAGUUGUGUGAGGCAGCUUUAAAGCUGUAUUACUAGAGUAUGUUGGUGUAGCAGUGAUAAGCUGGCUUCAUCAUGGCCAUUAAAGCCCAGUUCCACUCACAAAAGAAUUCUUUGCUUUCUUGUGUGACCUUUGUAACAUUGCCAGGGAGUUCUCAGACUACCAGUAAAAUGUGCCAUUGGGAUCAUGCUUGGAUACAAUAUUGUCCUGUGUGUAAGAACAAACCACAUGUGAUGAUGCCAGACCAGAAAAGUAGUUGAAGGCAAAGCUACUGGAACUAAAUGGGAGAGAAGUGAAGCUUGCCUUGUUGAGAGCUUUGCUUUGAAGUAUGAAUCAAAUAAACUAGCCCAUGAGAAUGUUCUUCUGAGUUGGAAAAGUGGAUUUUCUCACUGAAAGAAUGGUGUAACAUCAUGCAUAUUGUGUUAAAUAACACAGAGUGCAUGAGAGCCACGGAGUACAGACAGCUGGAGGAAAGAGGGACUGCACAUGUGCUUUUAAAAACAUGCACCGCCAUGACCACGAGUGCUGCUGGGUAGCACGGCAAGGGCUACGUCAAAUACACACUCACAAAUAUGUAAGAAAAUGUCUGGGAGGAUGACUGCUGCAUUUGCUCAAGUGUAGAACAUGCAAAUUUAAUGAGAAUGAUGAGCGUUCAGCUUCCACCUGCGACAAGUUAUCUUUUCGUCCCCUUUCAUUUACUUUAUCAUUUCUACAUUUCAAUUUAAAGAACAAGUUAGUUUUGCCUGUGCUUAGCCUGGCUACAUUGUCUGCUGUCUUUACGUAAUUACAACAAACAAAAAAUCUCACGCUUUGUUUCUGCUUAUUCUUCGUGCUCAUGUGCUUUUUCAUCCAUUCGAUGUUGCUUGUCAACUCGCAACAGUCAUUGAGGCAUGCUUUGUAAAACCUUCAACCAUGUUGCAUUCAUGGUAAGGCAUCCUUAUUCUUUGUUUUGCUUCAUCUGCAUUCUUACUUCUACCACCAGUGGCCCCAGAAAGUAGUUUUUCGUCUUGUAAAACUGUUUUAUCUAAGAAAUUGCUAGGGAGCUCAAUAUGCAUAGAUAGCCCACAGCUCUGUCAGUACAUUCUACAUGGUUUACUUUGUGCUCGGCCACAGUGGCUUGAAGGCUAUGGUGUUGCGCUGCUAAGCACGAGGUCGCGGGGUCAUAUCUUUCCUGCCGCAUUUUGAUGGGGGCGAAACGCAAGAACGAGCGUGUCCUGUGCAUUGGGGGCACGUUAAAGAUCCCCUGGUGGUCAAAAUUAAUCUGGAGUCCCCCACAACAGUGCGCCUCAUAAUCAAAUUGAGGUUUUGACACGUAAAACCCCAGAACUCAAUUCAAUUCAAAUACUUUAUCCUAUGCUUUGUCUGCUCUGAAAUGGUGGAAUAGUGAUGGUGCAUGACCUAUCAUCUAGCAAGACUUGGGUGGCUGUAAGGAUAGCUUACUGAAUGGUAGCUGUCCUCAGCAAGAUAAAAACAGCUGCAGGUAUGGCAACUCAGUAUGUUCAUUGUCAGUGUCAAUGUCUUUUUUAUGCUGCUCGUGUAGGUGUUGUUUAUUUCAUUUAACCAUACAUUUUAGCAGUUGUAUUUUCAAUAUAAUCUUUUAGAAAGUCAGCACAACUCAUUGUCCCUGUGCCAAAUACAAGUGAUUUCACAUAUCCUUCAAAACAAAGGAAAAUAAAGAGAAAGAAAAGGGGACUUGUGAUGCCCGACCAGGUGGGCACAAGGCAUCGAGGAUGCUUGUCAACUCGCACUUGCAGCCUGUUCAAUAAUUUGGGGGACAUGGAAUAGAGUCGGUGCUUUGGGUUCUUCGAUUCCAAGCCCUCAGUUCAAAUUCUCAUCCAAUCCACUGCAUUUCUCGCACUCGAAGCGCUGCUUGAAUAAAAGGAAAGGAAAAAGAAAACACUGCCAAGAGCCAGUAGGACUUUAGUAGUCCAGGUGUGACUGACUGAGCUGCAUAUGUCACAUCUUGUCUUCGGCAGUCAAUGUACACAGCUAUUGUACUUUAUAUGAGUGCAAUCUUUUCCUAUUGCAUGUUCAAAUGAGAGUUAGUGUGGCUAUGCCAAAGCAACAAAGCAGAAUAUCAUCUGGCAUGAGGCUCUCGAAUGUACUUCAAGUGCGCUUUUAAUGGCACCUUAAAGAUCUUCCUGCAGGCUCCAUUCAUUGCACCUUCAAGAUUGGAACAAAAUGCAACUACUUUACACUUUUUGGUUCCCUUUGGAAAUGCAAAGAUGUGGGGGCAUUCGAAAAAAGUCUGCUCUAAAGUUUGUUUACAGAUAGUGCAUUGAUUUCUGAAAUGAAAGGUCUGUGAUUGAUUUGCGGGGUUUAACAUCCCUAUGUAACACAUGGCUUAUGAGAGUGGAGGGCUCCUCGUUAAUUUUGGCCACCUGGGAUUCUUUGUUGUGCACCUAACCCUAAGUGCAUGAAUAUUUGAGGAAUCACAGCAAUAAAACACUAUAGCCAGUGAGCAACUACGGUGGGUGAAUGAAAGGUUUGGGUGCAUGAUGAAGGUAUACAGAUGAUCAAAAUUAUUGAGGAGCCUGCUCCUAUGGUGCCCCUCAUAGAUAGCUGCACAGCCUUGAAGCAUAGAAACUUAUCUGUCAUUUACUUUGACUAGGUGAACAAUAACAUAUCCGUGCUUUUUUAUUUUUUUUUACAUAGACAUCACAUAAUGAUGUAUUCCAUGAUAACUUUAGAAAAAAAAAGGGCAAGACAAAAGACUCAUCCAGCAUACUGCCUGUGGUAGAACCAUGAAAGCAAAGUACACAAAGCAAAGACAAAAGGAAUUAGACUGCAAGAGAGAUAGUACACACAUUGCUAUUUGGGCUUAUGUCUUCUUUACAGUGGUUCAAUGGCUAAAGUUGACUUGACAAGAAAAGUUAACUCGGCUGCAUUAGUAAAUUACGCUGUAGCAGAACGGGCACCCUUUCCAUAGGAUGAGGCUUGGUUCAAAGUUCAUAUCUAGUGUCCUUUUUAAAGCAAACUGCAACAUAAUUUCAGUUCGGCUAAAUUCGUUAUAAAUGAGUGGCAUAGGCUAUUGAAGCUAUCCUGGCGAAGCAGCAUGGCUGAUAAUCAUCUUUCUUAUUAAUAGCCUUAAUGGCACCCAAGCAUAUGACGCAUGCAGUUGGUGGUUAGUAGAUCUGAUAAACAUGUUUCAAAAUUUUUAGUGCUCUGCAGGCGCUGUCUAAUCUUGGAGGUAAUGUGAAGGAGCCAUGCUGGUUCUCACUCAAUUUUCUGGGUUCUGUGUUACUUCUGGCAAGUGGAAAUGGCUGCAAAUUUCAAAAUUGGUUCUCUUGAGAUUUUUGUGGCGCAUCCGCUUGGCAUUUCAAACUUUUGCACAGAGAUACACUGUGCUACAGUCUCAGACUCUGUAUCUACAGUGUCUGAAAGUAUGCUUUUUACACAAGCCAAAGUUUUGUUCCAGCUCGCCUUUCAAGCAUUCACACAAUAAAGCUCCCUGCCCCCACUCUUGCCUCCUCCUGCCACUUGAGUCAGUGUGGAUUGCCUUUGUGUUGCCUGCGUUUUACACUAAAGGGGCUCUGAAAUGCUUUCUGAACACAGUAAUAAAAUGUGUCGAUCUGUUAACGUGGUUCCUGUGAACAUGCGAGCCAAAUAUUGCAUGCAGCAGGGAAUUUACAAUCUCGUGUCAAUAGCAGUGAAGAGUUGCUUGCUCUCGCAUCCGCAAUGUAAUCAUCGAAAGCAGUUGGCAAACCAGCGCUAUUGCCCGAUUUCAUGAUCGCGAGAACAUUCUCAGCACAACAUAAUUGCUAAUUUUGAAUUGAAUAAAUGAAAAAUAUAGAUGUCGAUGACCUCAAAAAGACAGAAAAGUGAUUUCAUCUUUGCACUGUGCAUAGCUGCUUCUGCUGCGCGUGGCCUAGGAGGUGGCAGUGGUGUGCUGCGUAGCAUAGUCUACCACGGUUGCCAGAGGGUGUCGUGACGAGUUCUUUUGCCACCGUGAUGCUCAACUUCUUUAAAACUUCUUUCUGGGCGAGUUGGUGCAUACUUGACAUAAGAAUUGUAACAAAAAACAGUGCUUGUGCCUCGUUCUUGUUACUUUGUGGUUGCAUGUGUUUGCGCUGUUACAAUUUUUAUGUCAAGUAUGCUCAACUUCUGGCUGGGGCUUUGCCCUAUUUUCUUUCCCACUGUGCAGCUUCCAGCGUGCUAGCAGAGACGAAAAGAGAGAGAAAGCCGGGUACAGGUGCGAUAACUGCAGUUAUGGUUGAAGGAUUCAAAAAUUUUUUUUCGGCUUGAGGUUCAUGGGACGACAUACUUUAAUAGUGAGACCAUUUUAUGAUUAGUUAGAAAAGUGCUUCAGGGCCCCUUUAACAGUGGCAGAUCGCACUGCUAUUUCUUCCAUUAAGAUUUUCUUUUUUUUUUUUUUUUGGUGCUCCACCUCUGCAGGCAGCAUGUAUGUCUAAUAUAUAUUGAAAAAAAUAAAGUGGUAGUGGCGGGGAGGGGGCAAACACUGCAUCCAAGCAUGAUAAUAAAGAAAACUUGCCAUGACAUGUCACCUCUGUAUAUGAUUUGAAUGAAAUUAGUCAGAAGUUCAGCCAGACAAGCUUUUUAUAUGCACAGUCUGGAGCAAUGCAAUAUUCAGUAUUUUUUUUAUUUCUUCCUAUUGCUGGUACAAUGUGUCUGCAUUUCUUCAAUUACUACCACUUUGAACAACUUUCCCUUCUGGGUUGUUAAGGCAUUUCUUACGCACCUGUUUUUCUCUUCAUGUUUUCUGCAGAUUUACUGUCCUUCAUUCAUCUGUCUUUGUAUAGUGAACAGAAAAUCCAACAUUGUUGCUUUUAUUCUUUGAUUUACACUAUAUUCGAUCCUCAUAGUUGAUGGAAAAUUAGUUAAUAGGAGUGCUUCAUUGUUUUUUCUCCAUGAUGAGUCUUAUUCAGCAUGCUACUAGUAAAGUCCAGUCAUGUUAUGAAAUUUGUUCUAGCUUUGGAUGAGUCCUUCAGCAUGUAGGCUCUCCGGCUUAUUUAAGCUGUCACUGUGAAGCAGUUCUUGGUCACGCAUUUUGAGAAGAAUUACUCUUGUCUGCUGACAGUUUAAGUCCACAUGUAGAUUAUUCUCGUUGGUAGGCUCAGUGAUAGCAGGCACAGGCUUGAUCCUCAGUUCUCUUGCUUUUUUGAUGUAAGAGCUAUAAUGCAGUCAGUUUCUCUACCUUCAUGGAGUGUGAAAAAUUCCACUUUGAUGGUGUGGCAUUACGGAUGAUGUCUAUCACUAUUGUUCGUUUCACUUUUCAACAUCAGAUGCAGUCGUAUUUCGGCCGUUACUACACAUUGUAUACCUCCAAAGAUGCAAAUGUUAGGGAUCAUGUGUAAUAAGAGAUGCAAGUGCUUGGGAUAACGUUUAAGGAAAGGUGCUAAGACACCUCGGGAUACACACAGCAUGAACAAACAAGAUCACAGAUGAAGGGAAGCAAAUUGUCAUUGAUAUAUAAAUGAAAGUCUUGUUUGGCAAGCUUUCUUAAAGAUUUAUUUGAAGCAGUAAUUUGGAUCAAACAAACUUUGUGUUCAAAAGCUUUCCAGCUUAAACUAAAGUGUCACGUUGUUCCCUCAUCCAUGUUGUCAUUUGUGGAAGAUGUUUUUAUCCUAGAGGUGUACCAACUCACUUGUCUUUAGAUUUUGAACACACUGCUUGAUGAACAUACUGAGCAGAACAGUGAUGCUUGUUAUUGAAUUCCUUGAGUUUAGUGUUUAAUGUUGGCUAAUACAUGGUGCUCUCUUUGUAUAUGGUACGGGCAGUGCAAUCAAAGGUUACCAUGUGAGAAUUUGUAAGAAAAAGCAAAGCAGCGAUGUUACUCAGUCCUGUGAAUAAUGCACCCUAUUAAUGUCGGUUGGGGUAGCUUGCGCUUGCAAUCAAAAUGCAGUCCAUAUAUUUUGUAGGCUUCAGAUUUUGUGCUUAGAGUGUAUGAAAUGCAUCUUUUAAACUUUUUUUGCACAACCACAUAGCUUGUACCUGUUUUCUUUAAUGCACAAGUUUUGGCAUUACUGAUAGCUGUACUAAAAACGAGCAGAUUUAUGUGACUUGCUCAUCAGGUGCAACCACAUGAAUACAAUUAGUGGGAUUUCUUAAAUUUUGAAUGAGAAUUGCCAGGAUUCAUUUGGAAUUAACUGAAAUGGAAAAGCCACCAGAACGCUCAACUCACUUCAAUAUAGGAAUCUCAGGGAUCUCUUCUGGUCUCGAAGAGGCACAUGUAUGUGUGCACAUCAUGUUUGUGUAAAAGUGUCUGAGUGUCUUCAUUUGUUUGUCAGUAACUCGUUUUAUGAAUCAAUUCACCCUACCAAGUCCGAGUUACACAAUAUGUUAUAGCACUGCCCUGCCAAUGUGUAGCAUAUUUUUCUCUCUUGCAUGCACCGUGAUGUUGUUAUUCAAAGCCACCUUUUACAUGUAGUCAGUUGCUUUUUCUUUCUUUCUUGACUUUUGUUUUUCUAAAGCUUAUUCACCCAACAUAUGCAACUUUCGAGUGUUGUCGUACAACUUUUCAGCAAGGGUUGGUUUUUAUCAGGCCAGAAAGCAUAACUAUUAAACUUUGGAGUAAAUUUGACAGCGAGCAAUGGACAUGUUAAGUAGUGUGUUAGCUGUAGUGUAAUAUAUCCACGCCUGUGACGGGCAGUGCUCCAACGAAUUGUACUGUUUCCAGUUUGAAAGCCAUGGAACUCAAAAACCAUGCCAUGAUCACUGCAUUUGUGCUAUAUAUUGGCCUUCCCAGUGUGCUUUCUUUCAGGUUGUUUCCACCAAUGUGGAACAUGUCACACUUUUAUUCCUCUUCUAUUAUGAUUGCCUCUUGCUUCAUUAGAAGAUUUGUUUCUCCUGCUCUUAUUUCACAGUUAUUACUACAUUAGUUCUUGCUGGACUUUUUUACAAGCUUUGAAACCUGCCUUCCUCAAUUUAUUUUCUACCAUUUAUGUUGUGAAUGAGUGGAAAGAGACAGCGGAUGUCAUUUAUUAUAAUAUUAUUGUUUCUAUUUAAACGUGAGUUGUUUUUAUAUGUUAUGGAGAAAAGAUAAAACGUAACUUUAUGUUGUUGCCCCAGAGCAUACAUUAUGCGGUCACAACAACACCUGCUGGCCGGAAGUGGUGUGUGUGCUAUAGAACCAAUCCGUCCAUUCAGGAGGAAAGGCCUGACUAAUGGGGCAGAAGUGCGACGCCUGACGUCUUUCUUAUUGUCGCAGUUCUUUUUAUGCGACCUGUGUAUAUAGUACUAUUUUAAUGCUUGAGAGGCCCUCAUUUGCCAUACGUUCGUGCACUCUUUCUUUUUUCCCCGCCCACCUUGUAACAUGACUGUUCUCCUCAGGCUAUUUUAUAUCUCCUAAAUUUUUUCCUUCAUCAUUUGUAUAGCUGUAUUUGCUGAAGUAACAAAGAGUGAAGGAAAGUUGUGCUGUUGCAUGCUUAUGUCAUGACAGCAGCAGUGUUUCAACCCACCGUUUAUUUAUACAGUGUCUUUGGGAGCCUCUCCAGUCACGCUCCAUUUAUUUCCUUGCUUUGAAUUUUUAGCCUUUAUGCGAUGUAAUGUGUAUGUGUUGCAUCUUUCUGACAGGACUGUACGUGUGCUUUCCGAUUACGAGUUUCGUGAUGGAACUGUUUACACUCUUCAGUUUUCCUGUUUCUCAGGAUUGAGCCUUGUGCAUGUACUCUCUGAUUUGGCAAUCUGAGCUUUCACAUACUGGUCUGAUCAGAUAGGUAGUUUUGUUUCCAGUCAGGAGCACGAAUAUAUUAAGCUUUACUUGGUCCAGUACGGUGCUGUGGAUGUUGGUGCUGGGCAAGCCUAAAAAAGUGCCAAGGCAAGCCUCUUCUCUCGCUUAGUCCUCAUCCAUGAAAUGUGAUUUUACACAUUUGGGACAUGAUAUUGUAAUGAUGCCUUGUGCCCUGUUUGAUGCCGCAUUUAUCAUCCACCAUUCAUGCCCAGCUGAUCCUACUGAUGACGCACGUUAACUCUGGCCACUGACAAAGCGCAAAGAGGAAUAGCUUCAAAAAAAGUGAAGCUACAAAAUUGCAGCCAGAAGUAGAGUAGUUUGCAUGAUGAACAGUUUACAUGUGGCUUACAUGAUGAACAUAGGCUAUGUUGCAUGAAUAAAGCUGUGUUGCUAUUGGAUAUGGUUAAGAGCUAAUGUACAAAAUAAUAAGAAUAAAUGUAAUAGUAUACAAGAAUGUUAGGUAUUUUACAUUUCUAACUACAAAACGAUGCAUAACUCCUUUCAUGUACUGACCUACAUCAUGGCCCUCGGUUUUAAUAGAAAUAAACUUCAGUUUGUUUGCAUUUACAGUGCUCAUGGCAUUUCAAAUUAGUUCAUUCUUUCUCACUAAGUGCACAAUGUCUUGGAAAUAACCUGUCUUGGUAACUUCAGGCAUAGGAAAAUUCAUGUUAAGUUAUUCUCCUGAAUAAGCUAAUGUAAAUACUCUUCUUUCUUGUGCACAUUACUUUUAAGGGAUUUUGAAUUGCAGUGUCCUGAGCAUUGUGUCCAGUACCAAAUGACAGCUGCUCAUUGUGACCAGAAGCAUUAAAGAAAACAGACAAAUUAAGGUUUUGUUUAGUUAUGAGAAAUGUUUUCCAAAAGCACAUCAUAAAGAAAAUUUUGUCUACUCUUGAGCAUGUAGGGCCUCAUGAUUGUGCUGUGCAAUUUUUAUUUGACAACGUUGUGGCCAUUCCACAACCCUGUGCCCCCUCUCUCGUCAUCAUACUAUGCCAUUACGAGAUGCACUGUCUAAAGAGCCCACCUUGAGUCUUACCAUGGUACAUAUAUCUGGCAGUGUCUUGGCGAGCGAGUCUGUUCUGUUAACCCAUAGUGAAAUGUUUAGAGCAUGGGUUUUCUUUUGUUCCUAAUUAUUAUUCAGUGUUUCUUCAAUUCAUACACCUGACCUUGAGAUGUGCAUAUUAUGCAUCAGAGAUCUUGAUUGUGUGUAUGCUCACGGCUACCUCCCUAGCUUACGAGAGAGAUGUGCUAGGGCAUGCACAUGAUGCUUCUGUGAGAGAGGCAAAAGAACUUUUAGGCUUGGCACAAAGGUAAAUGUCUGCUUUCUCGUUUAACUGACGAGUAGAGCCUAAAUUUUUUUACUGGUACUUACUGUACAUAUACGGUAGCUGACGGAAUGGCAUCAUCAUGACUGACAUAACAUAAGCACGGUGGCUGCAAACUUUGUAAACAUGUGAUCCAUUUAUCUCGGUGCUUCAAAAGCCGAAGUCAGGAAUAGUGCUUUAGUCCCAAGUUUGCGACUUCAAAUUUGCUGUGCAUGGGAAAUGAGGGACACUGUCCCAUGUUGUAGGCAUUCAUUUUUUAGGCAGUCAACAAAUUUUAAUAAUAAACGGCCUUUUUGGUACAGUAGCGUCGGUACCGACAACUUUGUGGAUUGAAUUGUGAACCUAUCAUUUAGUGUCGCAGUUGGAGGAAUGCCAAAACAAGACUGUAGUGUUGACGUGUGGGGGGCACAUGUGGUUACCUCUCGGAGCAAUCCUGCUUGAUCAUUAUUAGUGUAACGAAAAAAAAUGCAGGCCCAACAUUUCUUUGGAGGCUUGCAGCACCAACAUUGCAGCCACUGGUUUCACUAUAUGCCUUCCUUCUUUUCUUCCUCUAUUCUGUUCAUGCCCUUGACCACCUUUUCACGCACUGUGCUAAAUGUCUGCUUUUAGCAUGAAUUGUUUGAUGGAAUGAGCGCUUCUUGAAUAUGUUUCCUCAUGAUACCACCUUCUGCUAUCACAAUGUUAUUAGCUUGUACAAAUAAAGACAAAAAACAAUUUUUGAAGAGAGAA